AUGGUUUUUAGUGAUAGCAAAACCUGUGAACUGAAAUCGAGGCUGAUGAAAAUCGCAGGGUCAGGGGAGGAAGGAAGUGAACAGGAACACUGUCUGAACAGGAAUGCUAAACUGGUCCUCGCUGCAACAGGAAGUGUAAACCAGUUCUCUGUCCCUCCCAAAAUAAUUUCUCCUGAGGGAAAGUCCAAGCUCUACUCCAGGCACGUGGCCCAGCAGCUCUCCCCACAGUUUGAGGAGGAGGCUCUAUCAUUUUUAGACAAUGACUAUGAAUUUAAGAAAGAAGAGCUGGACAAAAUCACAAUAGCAGAUAUAAGACACAAGUUUGAGAAGAAAAUAAAACGGAAGUUAACAGCAGAAGAAAAGAAAGUGUUUAUCAAGCUUAGCAGCGAGUAUAUUUGUGAAAUGUUCAUGGAGAAAGACAGAGAAAAAGAAACAGAAAAUGGGACUUGCAUUGCCGUAGAAGGAAAAAGUAACAACUCAACAGCAGGGGGUGAUGGAAUCCCUUUUCAAGAGAGAAACAAAAAUUGUACAAACAAACAAACUGAGAUUGUCUCAGAAUGUUCUGAUCCAAAACCAUCUGGACUGUCACACAAAGACACGAAUGGUGCAGAUUGUAAAACAUUAGUAAAAUCAUUGAAAAGUCCUUAUAAAGCAAGGCAAAGUUCAUUUGUCGGUAAAAGUGUGUGUAAAAAAGCUGUGACCCCAAUGCCGAAAUCCUCCACAGAGGAUGAAUGGCUGAGCUGUGCCACCCCGCCCAGCAGUGGAAAGAGAAAACGAGAUUCGGGUGAGGCGGGGUCAGAGAGAAAGUUAAACAGGGGUGCUAAGAGACAGCAGCUAGAAGAUGAGGAGAGGGACUGGCUGGGGAUAGAGGGGGUCAAGUCGGGGUGGGUGUCCACAGCCGCCACCCCCGGGACCACUCCUAACGGGGGGAGCAAAACAGAGGGAGGGAAAGCAAAGAAAACGGGGAAGAAAAAACUGAAAUCCCAGACACCGGUGAAGACUGCUGAGAGUGAAGUAGCUAAUGUCAAGAAUUCAGAAGUCAACAAGUCAGAAAAAGGUCCUCCAGCAUCAGAGGUUGAAGUGUUUGAAGAGUACACCCUCGAUUCACCAACAGCUUUUGUAGAAUGCCCAAUCUGCACAGAAAUGUUUUCCAAAGAGUCCAUCGAGGUUCAUGCUGCCGUUUGUUUAGAAAUGAAUUCAGUUAUUUAUUAACGACUAUCUACCAUUCAGUAUUAUCAUGAUUAUC